AAAGGCCUUGCGGAGUUCCGGACCCCGCGGUAGUCUGGCGGGGCUUUCCUCGCCUCUGCCGCCAUGUCGACGGGCUUCUCUUUCGGAGCCGGCACUCUGGCGACUGCUGCUGCCGCUGCGGCUGGAACUGGAGGAGGGAGCGGCGGAGGGGGGUUCUCCUUUGGAGCCGCCGCUCCGAGUUCUACAGGAGGACUUAAUUUUGGGACCUUGGGCUCAACAGCUACAACCACAACAACAGCUUCUUCUGUAGGCUUUGGAACUGGAAUCUUUAGCACAAAACCUGCCACUAGUUUUACGCUGGGAGGAACAAAUACAGGAACAGCAACAACCAUUGCUACUGGAUUGUCACUUGGCACACCUGCUACUACUUCUGCCUCCACUACAGGCUUUAGUUUAGGAUUUAACAAACCCGCAGGAUCAGCCACGCCAUUUGCGUUGCCUAUCACUUCUACCUCUGCUGGCCUUUCACUUUCUUCUGCUCUUUCAUCAACUCCUGCAGCAGGGUCCUCUGGUUUUACUUUAAAUUUGGGAGGCACAGCUGCACCAACCACAACUGUAUCCACGGGUCUGUCUCUAGGAGGAGCCUUAGCUGGACUAGGAGGGACGCUUUUUCCAAGUGCAAGCACAGCUGCAACUGGGCUUGGACAGAAUGCUUUGGGUUUGACUCUUGGGGCAGCUCCAGCCCCAGCCACCACCAUUAAUGAAGGGCUUGGUGGCAUAGACUUCAGCAGUUCUUCAGAUAAAAAGAGUGACAAAACAGGAAUUAGACCAGAGGACAGUAAAGCACUUAAAGAUGAAAAUCUACCUCCAGUAAUCUGCCAAGAUGUAGAAAAUCUCCAGAAGUUUGUAAAAGAACAAAAACAGGUUCAGGAGGAAAUCAGUCGAAUGUCUUCCAAAGCAAUGCUUAAAGUGCAGGAGGACAUUAAAGCUUUGAAACAGCUUUUGUCAGUGGCUGCCAGUGGGUUACAAAGAAAUACUCUUAAUAUUGACAAACUGAAAGUGGAAACCGCUCAGGAACUCAAAAAUGCUGAAAUAGCAUUAAGAACACAGAAAACACCUCCCGGUCUUCAACAUGAAAACACAGCGCCAGCUGAUUACUUCAGGAUCUUGGUUGAACAGUUUGAAGUACAACUGCAACAGUACAGACAACAGAUUGAAGAGCUGGAAAAUCAUCUAGCUACUCAGGCAAAUAAUUCAUAUAUAACUCCACAAGAUUUAUCUAUGGCAAUGCAGAAAAUUUAUCAAACCUUUGUAGCUCUGGCUGCACAGCUUCAAUCAAUACAUGAAAAUGUGAAGAUGCUCAAAGACCAGUAUCUCGGUUAUAGAAAAACCUUUCUGGGAGAUUCUGUGGAUGUAUUUGAGGCAAGGCGAGCAGAAGCCAAGAAGUGGCAAACUGCCCCACGCGUUACAACUGGACCUACUCCUUUCAGCAACCUACCAAAUGCAGCAGCUGUUGCCAUGGCUGCAACACUUACACAGCAGCAGCCACCUGCUACAGGGCCACAGCCGUCUCUGGGAGUUAGUUUUGGAACACCAUUCGGUUCAGGUAUUGGCACUGGCUUGCAAUCAAGUGGCUUAGGCUCUUCAAGCCUUGGAGGAUUUGGAAGUAGCUCUGGUUUUGGAAGCACUGCUACAGGUGCAUCAUCAUUUGGAUUUGGAACGACAAAUAAGCCUUCAGGAAGCCUUAGUGCAGGCUUUGGCAGUUCAAGCACAUCUGGGUUUAACUUCAGCAAUCCUGGCAUCACAGCAUCUGCUGGCCUGACAUUUGGGGUGUCCAAUCCAGCCUCUGCAAGCUUUGGCACAGGAGGACAACUUCUUCAGCUGAAGAAACCCCCAGCUGGAAACAAGAGGGGGAAGAGAUGAAGGGCAGAAAGGGGGAGGCACAAGGGCAGGCGGGGGCCGAGAGGAGGAGGGCGUUGCUGCAUUCACGCGGCUCAUUGUGAGAAAAUCUAUUUUUUUACGCUGAUAAAAUAGGUGCUCUGCAUCUUGGAGAUUUAUAACAUUUUGCUACUUCUUCCUGUCCUGGAUUAUUAAAAUGUAACAAACAGCUAUUUUCUUGUGAAUCAAAGCCCAAUUAAGAAUUUUUUUUGGUCUUAGGUUUAGAUAUGUAUUUCAUGAUUAAAGAAUCCUGUAAAAUCAUAUAUUUAACCUUCUAACAGUAGCAGAAUAUUUUUGUCGAUAAGCUUUAAACCAUGUAGAAACAUGCAUACUUGGAGGGUUUUGGUUUUUGUAUAGAGAAAGUUAUAUUCUAGUAAAAUAUGCUAGAGCCCGUAUUGUCUGUUUCACCUUUUAAAAUCAUCAGGGUGGUUUAGUGUAUAUGUAUGUAAAUAUAUACAGUACAAAUACACAGCUGAGUGUGCAUACUUGGUACAUUUAAUUCAUUUAAAACUUUUCUCAUAAGAUAGAGAGUUAGGUAGAGGUGGGGUCCACAGUUGAGGCCCUCGUGUGUGCUGGAGAACAAGGGCAAGAACAUGCUUUGCUGCCCUGCCUGGUCCCUGCUCCACCUCCAUGGCCACUGAGCAUAAUGUUUUGAUGGGGCUACACAUGUACAAACCAAUGUGCAUCAACUAAGGCUGCCUUUUCAGUUUAUCAGAUCUUAUGUGGGACAUGGUCCCUGUAAUGGAUGGACCUCCUGGGAUAUUACACCCUCAAGUCGAUGUCAGAGGUGAGGGAGGAAUGCUGUGUGAAGAGGGAGAUAUGGGUUGUUUCUUAUCCCUGUACCCUGUCAUGUGGAGGAGAGCGAUCUGUGGGGAUCUCUUAAACGCUUCCAAAUUCAGUUUUGGUUCUGAGUAGUUCUCACCCCUUCCACAAAUAUGCACAUAGUGUUCCAGCAUAUCAAACACAAAUGUAUUAAUGCAUGUAUUUUCAAGACAUGAAACAUAGCAAGUUGUCUCAUCUGAUAACCAUUCUUAUUUUGUUUCCAUUCAUUGCGUUGAACUGUGUGUUCACAGUUAACAUACUCAAGCUGAUUAGUUUUGAACCCUGGCGAUAUUUUCAGCUUCAGGGCUUCAGAAGGAACCCGUAACUUUGGAGAGCAGAUGGCUGAUUCAUGCAUUCUGAAAUAGCCCCAAUCUGCACAAAAAACUCUCAUGAGUGGCUCUCCUUGUAUGAACAGCAUAACAGAAGAGCACUCUGGGAAAGGCGUGGCAAAACUUCUAGAAGCAGAGUGCACCAAGGAUGAGGAAACAUCUAGUGAAAAUUUGCAGCAUCUUCUGCAGACUUCCUUGUCUCACCUUGUGCUAUGCACAUAAGCAGUAUGCAAAAGAAUUCAGCACUGACUGGGGCUAUUUCAGAACAAAUGAGUCCACUUUGUUUAGGGCGUUUAUUUCCAAUAUAGACAAAGCCUGUGCUGUUCUGAGACAAGCAUUGGUUCCAAAAAGGAGAUACUUGCUUUUAUGCUCAAGGACAGCAGGGCACAAUAAGUAGCUGCAAAGUGUAGCUCAAGGUCAUAUACUAAGAGUAGACGCUGGGAAACAGCUGUAAUUCUAGUCUUGUUUGAGUUCAGGUGAUGGCAUCCUUGCAUUUUGAAGCCCCGUCUUCUGCGAAGUAAAAGCAACGUAAUGGGAACGCUGGUUUCCUUAAACUAGGGGCUGCCCAGUGCUGUCAGCACAGAUCCCUUUCAUUUCAAUGGGGCUUUUGCUAGGCCAUUUAUUUCAGGGGUGUGGGCUGUAAAUCAGCCAGUCUCAAUACUGCUGCAUGUGUCUGUGUAGAACUUCAGUGAGGUCUCGUCUUUUUACAUAGAAACUUUUUUGUAUAUAAUCCAAGCAAAUAUUUGCAGUUCUCAUGUAGGCACCUUUAGAAAGUGUAAUUGUACAUAUUCUGGUUUUGAACUUGUCUGCCUUCGGUUUAGUAUUAUUUUUGUAAGUUCUGCUGGUUUUAUGUCUUACGUAAUAAAUAAUCAGGCAGAUGUGUGAGUCUUGAAUGUGUUGUGUUCAGAAAUAAAGGGGAAUAGCUUGCUUAGCACAAGGCUUUUCACCUUUAUACACAUGUGCAAGCAACAUUUGAAGUAUGAGCAGGUUGUUGGGUUUUAUUUGUUUAUUUUAAAGGAGGGUAGAGCUUUUAAACCUGAUGGGAUUAAGAAAAGCUUAAAAUUCAUUUCAGACCACAGUUUUAUUUUGAAUUAGUGUUGGGCUUGUAUUAGGCUUCAGUUUAAAGAAAAGCAAACCUGAUGUGUGUUUCCCUGCUUUUUACAAGAUUACAACAUUGAACCACUGAAUUUCCUUGCUGUAUAUAAUUUGUGAAGCUAUUUUUUUAACUGUUGUCUUUGUCCACAUGUGCAGCUUUCUGUUUCACAAUUAAAAACUGAUUUAAGUGUG